GCUUUGUGCAAGUGGCAGCUUGCCCUUCCGCUCUCAUGGCCUCUCCGCAACCGCGGAAGCUGGGGCGAGAUGCCUCCGCAGGCUCUUUGCUGCUGAUCCUUGCCACAGGCGUACUGUCCGCGAGCGCCUUCGCGCGCCCGCGCGGCUUCGAUGUGCCACGCAAAGAGGCGCGCGAGUCCGUGGACGUGUCCCUGGAGAGUGUUAGCCUGGGUCUUCCAAGCGCAGGUCAGCCACAGCCUGGGGUACAAGUGGCCAUCGCCGGUGCCAGCCUCACUGGGCUUUGGCUCGCCAUGCUGCUGGCGGCAGGCAUCAGCCAGAGCAAGGUGGCUCGAGUGCGAAUCUACGAGGACCAGAAGAGCGACAAAGAGGAUCUGGCAGUGGCGACCAUUGAGGGCGUGGUGUGGGCGGAGUUGCCAGAGGCCUUCAGAAAGGAGCUGACACGAGUUGGCUUUGUGGAGCAGUGGCCCAAGCGGCAGCAUGAGAAGUCUGGAAGGACUCUCGAAGAGGAGGAUUUCCCGCGGAAUGUCGCAACUGGCCGGCUAAAGCGAGCACUCCUCGACUGGGUCGUGGAGGCGGAGGGCGUGGAGCUGGUCAAAGAGGCCUACAGCGCUGUGGAGCACCGACGCUCGUUGCAAGACAACGUCCAGUGCCUCGUCUUCGCCGACAGCGGCAGGUCCAUGAAGGCCUGCGAGGAGGUCUACGAGAAGCUCUUUGCGGCGCCGGUGGCGGAUGUCGAUGCCCUCUUUGUGCAGCCAGAGCGCAGCUUGGGAGUGGCCUUUGAAGCGGAGGGCCUGAACCUGGGCGCUGCCACCGCAUUGUCCUGGGCGCAGCGGCGGUACUUCCUGAACUUCACAGGCCCAUCUGAAGGGGUGCUGCAGAUGCGCCUCACGUCGGAGGAGGGCCGUUGGGCGGCGGAGCUGACGCCGGAGCUGUGGCAACAGCUUCGACACGAAAGCUCCGAGCCGGAGUCGCCUUUGCAGAGAUUGUGGGAAGACAUUCGGGAGGGCUGCCGGCUCUUCGGCGUGCCUGAGCAGGGCCUCGGAGCGCUGCAGGUCUUCGCCGCGGACCCGGUGGAUCGGCCCAGCUACACCCGGCUCCCGGAGGCAGAUGGCCCAUUGGCAGUCUUUCUUCUGGGCGCUGCGGCGCGCCGGGGCUCCGCCGCCUUCGGCCCGGGCCUGGGCGCUGGCGGGGACCUUGAGGCGGCGACCAGCCUCGCCAAGGCACUGCUCUCCCCUCGGGCAGUGCGCUUGAAGCAGCAGGUCGACAUUGAUGCGGUCCUGGCGCACGAGCUGAUCAUGAAGAGCCUGUGCGCGCGGGAGCGCCAGGUUCGGCUGGGCCUGGGGGAGAUCAUCGCCUCUGGGCUCCAGCGGCCCUCCUUGGAGGCCGAAGCUGUGGUACUUCAGCGCCUGGAGGGCACCGUGGACCAGCUGCGAAGGCACCCAGACCGCUGGCCUCAGGAGGUCGCCCGCACCCUCCCUGACUUCGAGGAGCUCCGGUCGGAGCUGCCGCCUCUGUCGGCCCGCGCCUGGGCGGCUUUGGCGGCCUCCGGGCCCUGGCCGGACCUGGCGCAGGCGGAGGCGCAGCAGACGAUGGAUGAGGCCGAGGCGGCCGCCUACGACUUUGGCGGCCCCACGGAGGAGGGCCGUGCUGCGCAGCAGCGACUGGAGCAGCAAUGCGCCCAGGGCAGCGCAGAGGCAAUGCUGCAGCUGGGCGUGAUGUACGUCACCGCCAACGGCGUGGAGAAGGACCGCGGCCAGGGCUUCCACUGGAUCCAAAGCGCCGCAGAGCUGGGGCACUUGGAGGCCAUGAACUGCCUGGGCACGAUGCUGCGCAAUGGCCUGGGGGUGGAGAUCCGCAAGGAGGAAGCUGCCAGCUGGUUCCAGCGAGCUGGUGACCUGGGCCACGCGGAGGCGCAAUUCAACCUCGGAGAGAUGCUUUGGGAUGCGGAGAUUCCACAAGACCUGGAGCGCGGUGUUGUGCUCUUCGAGAAGGCCGCCCAAGCCGAACUGCACGCUGCUCAGUACAAGUUGGGCCUCGCACUGCGCCGCGGCUUUGGCGUGGAGAUGGAUGUGGCCAGAGGCAUGCAACUCAUCGAGAAGGCUGCGGCGCAGGGCCUGCCGGAGGCGUUGUACUUCUUGGGCUCCUGCUACUUCAGCGGCGACGGCGUGGCCCGGGACGUCGGCCGCGCCGCGCAGCUCUUCCGCCGGGGCGCGGAGGAGGGGGACCCCGUGGCGCAGUACUCCCUGGGCGUCAUGCACGAGAUCGGCGAGGGCGUUCCCCAGAACGAUGCGACAGCGCAGCAUUGGUUCCGUGCGGCGGCAGCCCAGGGCUAUUUGGAGGCCAAGGCCCGCGUGCGUGCGCCAGGCUUGCUGCCGCCUGCCAGCUAAGUCGUUCCACGGCCGUGAAAUCAGCGACAGUCCGGACCCGGCUGCCACGUGGAUCAGAGAGUUGUGCUGGUUCCCGGGUGCUCAGACUUGGCGAGGAUGGUCGGUCGGUUU